CUGAAUCGGGAUUUCCGAACUACAUUCGUCGUUCGCCUCGAGAAGUGUUAAGAUCGUGUCCGUUCUAUGGUGCUAUUCUAUUUUUCUUUACAUCGCGUGAUCAAACUGCACAUAUUUUUAUACACUCCCCAAUUUAAUAUAAAAAAAUCGUCUCUAAGAUAUAUUAAGUAUGGCGUUAACAAGUGGUGCUAUGUAUAACGCGCGAACCGUCGUUCCAUCGUUCAUGUCGUCAAAUACAUAUUACGGUUACGUGCCGCCCUAUAGAAAAGAAAAUCAACCUAACGCUGUGCUCGAGCAUGCGGAAGUUAAUGAAACGUCGGUAUUUGAUCGCUGUUCUUACGAUACAGCUAUGGAAACUGACGAUGACGGAUGUGAUUAUUCUAUGGCAUCUCGCUAUAUGAAUAACGCUUCCGUGAUUCUAGCUGCGUCGGCACAGUGUCGGUUGAAAACUAACGAUCACCAACAACACCGUCAACAACAGGCGGCCCACGGCGACGCGGAUACGCUUCGACGCCGGAACCGGAAGCGGUGCAACGAUGAUCUCAGUCCUACCACCGAGCUGAAAAAGUUUCGUGAAGAGGCGGUGGUAACCACCACACACACUAUGGUACAGGGAAUACAAAAAACAAUGGAUUGGCCAAGGUGUCGUAUGAGUCUGAACUACUGCAUCUAAAUACAAAUGGUGAUGAGACCUGGGAGCAAGCCGCUAUCAUAAACAAGGGCUGCUGUUGGGCAGCAGGUAAUGAUAAUCUAUUAAAUAAUUCAGAUUGUAAACAUUUAUUGUCAAGCAAUGGGUUCAAA